AUGUUGCCAAGUGACACAGAGAAUCCUAGAAAUGGGAGCAAUGAACAUUGUAAUGCCAUCACUUUGAGAAGUGGGAAGGAGUUGGAGAAUUCCAAGACAAAUUAUGGGCAUGAGGGCGAGCCCUCUUCAAUCCAAAUAAAUGAGGAAAUUCACAAAGAUGCUGAACUGCCUAGUGUACAAAAACCUGCCUCUGCCCAGAAUGCUAUAGGAAUGCCGCAGCAUCAGCACCCAAACAGCUCAAUUUCAAGGCAGCCACUUCCAUUUCCUCAACGUUUUCAGAAGCAAAAGUUGGAUUCUCAAUUCAAGAAGUUUCUAGAUAUGUUGAAGCAAUUGCAUAUCAACAUCCCACUUGUAGAGGCACUUGAGCAAAUGCCUAGCUAUGUGAAAUUCAUGAAAGAUAUUCUUACAAGGAAGAGAAGGUUAGGAGAAUUUGAGACAGUGGCUCUUACCAAGGAAUGUAGCUCAUUCUUGCAAAACAAGCCGCCACCGAAGAUGAAAGAUUCUGGAAGUUUCACCAUUCCAUGUACCAUUGGUAAUUCUUAUUGUGGCAUGGCUUUAUGUGAUUUGGGUGCCAGUAUAAAUUUGAUGCCUAUGUCUGUGUAUAGACAAUUGGGGAUUGGUGAAGUCCGACCUACCACAGUGACUCUACAACUUGUAGAUAGAUCUCUUGCUUAUCCAGAUGGGAAGAUUGAGGAUGUCUUGGCAAACAAAGAGGUACCAAUCAUUCUAGGGAGGCCUUUUCUAGCUACUGGUAGAACAUUGAUUGGCGUGCAAAAGGGUGAACUUACUAUGAGGGUUCAAGAUGAGCAACUGACUUUUAAUGUUUUCAAGGCUAUGAGAUUCCCAGAUGAGGUCGAAGAGUGUUCUGUUGUUUCAGUGGUAGAUUCUUUGGCUUCAAAGGAAUUAGAAAACAAUUUUGAUGAUCCUCUAGAGAGACUCUUGAUAUUUGAUUCACAUGCAGAGGAUGAGGAUGAAUAUUUGGCUUGGCUAGAAGCUAGUUCACAAGGAUUGCAUCCAAGAAAGCAUUUUCAAUCUUUGGAGCUCUCUUUGAGGUCUUUCGCAGCCCCUAAACCAUCAGUGGAAGAGCCUCCAGAGUUGGAAUUAAAAGCUUAA